AUUAUAUGAAGUCAACUCUUAAGAAGAAAUAAAUAGUAUGGGCUAGAACAAAAGGACGUAAAUGUUAUAUUUAAUAUAUUUAGAUCCCUGGUGGCCUGGAAUUGUAUUUUUAUUAUUUCUUAUUAUAAGAUUACACAAGUAUAAGAUGGAAAGUAUGUUGUCGAUUUCAUUGGUGAUGAUUCACAGUAAGGGUACAUUCACAAUAUAUAUAGCUCCAUAUUGAUGAGUGAUAAUCUUUUUGAUUUCCAAGAAAAAUUUGAUGAAUUCAACGAUAAAGGAAAAAAGAAUAAAAAAUUGAAAGAAGCAAUUCAAAAUGCAUAAAAACUCUUAAGUAAUAUCUUUUUUAAUAUUAGAAAAACAAAAAAAAACACAACGUGACAAUAAAGUAAUAAGUAAAAGAAAUUUGCGAUAAUUUAAAAAAUACGACACUCCUAUUGAAGAUGUAUUCAAUCAUUUUUAUAAGAAUAUAUAAAAAUCUCCAUUGUAGGAAACACCUUAAACAUAAUAAAAAAAACAAUAUCUUGAUAGAGAAUUCUAAGAUUUGUUGUUAUUAUUAAUAGCCGCCUAAUUAAAUUAUGAUUAGAUUAAAUAAAAAUUAACUCCAAUCCUAGAUACAAUAGAAGCAUAAGUGACUCAAAAUAGUACUAUUACUGAAGUCCUAUCAGAAAGGAAGGGAUCAAUAUUGAAUGCUGUUUAUUUAAUAUUGAAACACUAAAGCGAAUAAAAUCCAGAUCACUUUUUUUAACGUGAUAUUCAAUAAUAAAUAACAAGAUUACAUGAAUUAAUUAGCAAACUCAAAAAUUCAUUAUUAAAUUAAUUUUUUAAUGCAGCAAGCAUUAUUUAAAAUUUAUCAGAAGUCUGUACUAAUACUAAUCGUGGUAUUUGUUUAAUUUAUUAUUUAUAUAGGAUUAGUAAUCACAUAAAUUAUGAAUUAAAAUAAGAUAGUUGAGAAGAAACCAUCAUAAAUUACUUAAACACCACCAAAAAAAAGAAAAAAGGAUAUGAAGAAAGAAAAAUUAGAGAAAAAAAAUUCAGAAAAUUAAACUACUGGGAAUUCAGCUGUUUAAUUUAAUAACAAUGAUAAUAAUAAUAAUAACAAUAAUAAUAGUAAUAAUAGUAAUAUUAAUAAUAGUAAUAAUAACAAUAAUAAUAACAAUAGUAAUAAUAAUAACAAUCAGAAUUUAUAGGAUUAAUUAAAAAAAGAAUAAAUAGAAAAUGAAAAAAUAAAAAUUGAUGAAAAAAAGAAUAAUAAUGAAUAAACUAAAAUAAUAAAAUAAGAUGGAAUAAUUUAGAAAAAAAUGUAAAAAAAAAAUGAAAUCCCAGAUUAAGCAUUAAGAAGGAAGGUUUGUCUAAACAUGUUAGAAUUAGUUUAAUUGUUAGGAUUGGAGGAAGAAUAAGCAAAGAAAAUAACUAUAAGAAUUGAGAGUUUGGGAAGAGAAGCAGAUCCAUUAAUGAGAAAUAAAUAUGCUAAAUUGAUGUGGCAUUGCAUAGUUAAUUUAGAUGUUAUAAAAUUAAAUUAAUAUAAUAGUGUAAAUUAAUAAAAAGAGAAGAGUUGCUAAGUUUAAUAGAUGAGAAUGCAGAUUAAAAUGAGGCAUGGUCUAAGUUGACAUUAUAACCAAUAGACAGAACAAGAAAAUUGAUUCAUAUAUGA